CAGUCAGUGCUUCGGACGUCUUCCCUGGUGCAGGUGCUUUCUUUCUCCGUUGGCAGCCAUGUCACCGCCCUCUUUGUCGCUGGGGUCUAAGAGAUCUGCUGCGAUUGAUGGCUCCGCUCCGCAAAGCGAGAACAAUAGCGAACCACCGCGGCUGCGUGGAAGGAGAGUGCUGCCAUGGUAUCGGCGCGCGCUGCAGACGGCAGAGGUGAAGGGCGUGGUGGCACUGGUGGUGCUGGCGCUGGGGCUGCCGCUGCUGCUCUACUGGCUGCUGUACGCUAUCAAGGUUCCGCCCCCAGACACCGUCGGCACCUGCAGCGUCUCCAGCGCCUACAGGGUGUGGUGCCUGCCCGGGCAGAACACGACGCGCGCGCAGUGCGAGUCUGCGGGCUGCUGCUGGGACGGCGGCUCCUGCUUCCACCCGCUGCCGGCAGAGCACGGCUACCGCGUGUCGGCGUGGCGCGCCCCGCAGGCUGCGCUGGACGCGGCGUUCUCUGCCGCCGGCCUGCCGCUGACGGCCCGGCGCGACCGCUCGCCCUUCGGCUCCGCCUCGCGGCCGCUGCGCCUCUUCGUGCGCCCCAGAGACGCCGACUCCCUCGCCGUCCUGCUCACCGGAGACGGCGUCAGCGUUCCAGUGUCCAACGUGUCGCUGUCGGACUGCGCGCUGGGCAUCGAGCUGGAGGGGCCGGUGCUCGGCUUCACGGUGUACCGGCGUGACGACAACUCGUCCCUUCUCGCCUCCGUCGACACGGCACUCAUCUACACAGACUCCUACAGAGAGCUAUCAGUGACCACCACAGGUGAUGUGGAGUUGGUGGCAGGUGCACUAUUGCCUCGCAGUAGUGCAUCGUCGCGGUUACUGUAUGCAGGACCGGGUCACCCAAUGGCACUGCCAUCAGCUUGGCUGCUGGACAAGAAAGGACGUGCUGCUGUGUUCAUGCUUGAAGAACUUGAUGGCCCUAUAGAGGCAUGGCACACAUUCGGCAGCUCAGUGCUGACACUGCGUGGUGCAGUGGCCGGCACCUGGUCACUGCGCAUUGGGGCAGGCCCUACUCCAGCAGACGCUGUACAACAGAUACAGGCCACUCUUCCUGCAACAGCAACAACUGUUCCACCAACACUACCACCACUAUGGGCACUUGGCUUGCACUUCUGCCCCCAUGCCUCUGACAUGCAAAAGGCACUAGACUCGAUGGCUUCACUGCAGGAUUUUCCUUGGGACUCAACAUGCCUCUGGGAUUCAAUUUUGGGCCUAUCUUUGGGCAAUGAAAGUGCACAGCCUUUACAGGACAUUGCCCCCUUUCUGAACUCAAGUUUGCUAACAGGCAGAAAAGUGGUGGUGUCAAUUCCAUCUGCAGCAUGUAUCAACUGCAGUGUUCCAGAAACUGGUCUGGUACAUUCAGAGAAUGGCUCACAGAUUUAUAGUGGGCUGUACAUGGGAGAAGAAGUUGUAUAUCCAGACUGGACAAUGGAGGAGGCUAGGCAAUGGUUCAGGUCAGAAGUUUUACAAAAACUAGAGCCACUGAGAGAUGAAGGACUGCUUGGAGGUGUUGUCUUACAUAACAACUGGCCAUUGGAUGAAACUGAGCAUCCUUAUGAAGAAGUUGACUACUUUCCAGAAGGACUGCCACUGUCUGAAGGCACACUUUGGUGGCAAGCAAAGCAUUCAGGAGGUCAAGUAUCUCAUCACAAAGUUCAUGCAACUUUGCCAGUGCUUGAAGCUUCUACAUUUCUUGAUUUGCCACUGGUACUUAGUGAUGCUGCUGUUCCUGGUGUCUUUGGUUCAACAUUACCAUACAAACCAAAUGAAGACAAGAAUGAGACAGUACUAUGGUCAGAACUUCAAGCAGCAAUUGAAGAUACACAAAUGGCAGGCCUUGGAGGUGUUCCAUUCUCUGCUCCACCUUUAUGUGCAGGCUCUGCUGAACUUCCAGUUGAUGGGGAACUGUGUUUGCGAUGGGUUCAGGCUGCUUCACUUAUGCCAGUUGUUGUAAUAAACAGGGAUCUUCUGAAUGCAACACUUGGUAAUAACAAUACACUUUCAAUAAUGCAAAGUGCUAUAGAAAUGCGGUAUCGACUGAUGCGCUAUCUGUAUUCCCACUUGGCUGAUUCAGUAGAAAGUGGACUGCCCCUUAUACGACCAUCUUGGUUUCAUGAUCCUGAUGUGGCUAUCCUACAGGCAAGUAAUCCAGAUACUGACUUGUAG